UUUUGUAAAGAUGAAGAGUCGUCCACAAAUUUAGUAUUUUUGUUUUGAUGAGUUAAUUGCUAAAGUUUAGAUAUAAUUUUACUUGUGAAAUGGCUACCGCGAUGAAACGACCACAUUCUACAACCGAAACUAUUGAAGUUUCGCAAAAACCUUCGAAAAAGAUACGAAUUCAAACCACUAUUAAAAAUAAUGCGGGCAGCAAGCUACUGCAAGUACUUGUUUCAUUGGAUGGAGUACCGGCCGGACAUGGUCCGCAGGGCAGCAAGGAAUUGUUGGAAGUGUUAGUUAAAAUAGCAGAUGAGCUCGUAUUAGAUGAUGCACAAAUUGGUGAAACACAAGACGUCAUACAUCGGCUGAUGGAAAUAUACCGACAGGAACGUGAUGGUGACACCACAGUUCGCGUUAAAAUUCUUGGCUUGCUUGCCGAUUUCUCUGAAGUACGUGUGCCGGAAGUGAUUAAUGCGCUGGUUGAUGGUAUUAUUGGAGUCUUGAAACAAGAACGUUCUCAAAAAGUUAUUGCGCAGGGCUUGUACAGUUUACAUAAAAUUGGCACAAAAAAUGUAAAAUUAUUACCAUCAACUCAUGUUACUAAAAUUGCACACUUCGCGCAGCAACAGCUCACUUCCGAUUCACAUCAUACACAUAAAUAUGCCUUGAUGGUGUUAUCCGCAUUUGUUACACUAAAUGAUGCCCGGAAAGGUGUAAUGGAGCUAAUAGGCCAUUAUGCUGAUUCUCAAGAUUCAGGUGUACGUGCCCAAGCGCUACGAUCCAUAUUGUGUCUCGGAGAACGUGGUGCUACUCUGUCGCCAACUUUAUAUCAACGCGCCGUUGAAGCGAUGAAGGAUGAUUAUGAGUGUGUACGAAAGGAAGCGCUUCAAUUGGUUUUUCAACUUGGCAUAAGUCAUCCGGACCAUAUUAUAACUGCUGGAGAAGACGAUGAAGAAAUGCGUUUAAUUGACGCUGCUUUUGGAAAAGUUUGUGGCGCACUAUGCGAUCUUUCCAUACAGAUACGUACGCAAGCUGCUGAACACUUGGGGCUUAUGACACAAGUCACUUCGGAGUUUCUGCAUCAAACACUUGACAAGAAGCUAAUGAGUAACUUGCGACGCAAGAAAACUGCGCACGAGCGUGGUGCACAACUGGUGGCAAGUGGCGAAUGGUCGACUGGCAAACGCUGGGCCGAUGAUGCGCCGCAGGAGCGUCUGGAUUCUAAAUCGAUAUCGUUGGUUGCAAGUGGCGCUUGUGGUGCGUUAGUGCACGGCUUGGAGGAUGAAUUCCUCGAAGUACGUACAGCCGCUGUAGACUCUAUGUGUAAAUUGGCGUUGAGUAAUCCUGAAUUCGCCGUGACAUCUCUGGAUUUUCUCGUUGACAUGUUCAAUGAUGAAAUCGAAGAUGUACGCUUGAAAGCAAUUUAUAGCUUGACAGCGAUUGCACGUCAUAUCGUCCUGCGCGAGGACCAACUAGAAACCAUGCUUAGCUCGUUGGAAGACUACUCGGUUGACGUACGUGAGGGGCUACACUUGAUGUUGGGUGCAUGCCGCGUCUCGACACAGGCCUGCCUGCUCAUGGUUGUGCAGAAAUUACUGGAUGUGCUCUCCAAGUACCCACAAGAUAAAAACUCCACCUUCGGUUGUAUGCGCAAAAUCGGUCAAAAGCAUCCCAAUCUCUGCAUGGCCGUCACAUCCCAUCUUCUGCAGGAUCACCCGUUUUUCGACAGCGCCGAACGUGAUGUCGAAGAUCCCGCAUAUCUAUGCAUACUCAUUUUACUUUUUAACGCCGCCGAACAUCUGGUACCAUUGAUUAGUUUAUUCCCAGACGUCACGCUUAAGCAUUACGCCUACCUGCGUGAUGCCAUGCCGCAGAUCGUCCCCCAAUUACCGAUUGAAGGCGCCUCCACCACCAAGCCUAUAAAUCCGCUUAAAGGCGCCGAGAGCUCUCGCGAAUAUUUGAAUACCAUACUCCAGCAUAUACACGAAACUUUCAGCAUAGUUCGCGAAAGAGUGCCGCUGCUGAAGACGGCUCAGAGUAACUUGCAACGUUUAGGAGAAAUCGACCCGGAAAUGUAUGGUACCGCAAACUUCUUGGAAACCUUUCUGGCCGCCCAAAUACAAUUGGAUCAGUUGCAAAGUUGCACAACUACUCAACGCAGUCGCGCUCCCCUAAAGGAGUCACUGGCGCAACUCAUACGCAAUUGCCUCAAAUUGCAGCACAUCUUCUCGGGACUCACCUACGGUGAUAUGUUGCUUGUCAAGCAAAUUUGCUUGCGUGCUAGUGCGCUCCAUCUGGUGCUAAUUGUGCGCGAUCGCUCACAAAGUGCACUCGGUCCAUGUCAGAUGCUUUUGCAAACAGCUGCAGAUAUUAGCAAUUUCCUCGAUGAGAAGGAAGCGUUUCAACCGGAUUCGUUUACCACGUCGCUGCUCUCGCUGUUGGGCAAUAUACCCGAUCCAAAGCCGGGUCGGGUAUUUCGUGAAAUAUUGCCGUUAGUGGAGAACGCUUCGCCCGUGCGCAUGCCGCCGGCCAACAUUAAUAUACGCAUGUGUGUGGCACGCAUUGUGGAACCUUGUGCGCAAAUGGCGCAGGACAAUGUCAUUAAAGUGACAGCUGGUUUGAUAGCUGCCUUGCCAUUUGUGGCAGAGUUCGAUAACCUGCAGGAAACACAGAAACAAGAGAUGCGCAUCAAGAUUAAGUAUCCCGACCAGCAUGUGCACACAGUGGUGCCAAAGCUGGCGGACUUCAAGAAGAUCAUGACCGAGCAGGGUGAGCACGAGACCAGCAUGCGCUUGCGCACUACGAUUUUGCUGUCGCACAGCGUCUGGACGGAGGCUUCGUCGGUGGACAUUACACUGUGUCUGUCCGUGCGGCCGGGCACUGAAUUGGAGCUGUGCAAGCCAGCGAAGAUACUCUUCGCACCGAAACCGGUACGUCGUGGUAUUUAGUUUGACAAUGGAGCAGUAUUAAGUGUGUGUGCGAAUGUUUGAUGCGCUGGAGUUACAUACCAAUUUGUGUAAUAUUACUGUUAUAGUUAAGGACGAAAUGUAAAAUGUGAAAAAGUUGAACAUUUAUUUUCUUACAUAAUAAAAACACUAUAUAAACAACAA